CUCUCCUCUUUCAACUUUGAACUCUCGGCUAUUUCAACGUGAUCUGGUUUGUAACACCGCCCCUUUAUGUCCUAACAGUAAACAAUACUUCUGUAUCAGUUUGAGAAUCAAGCACGGGACGUAUACAAUUAUUCAAUGGAGGAUGAAGGUGAAGCCGGCGCGUCUGCAUCUAACAGUUAUAAUCAAACACCUUUGCCACUCUUCAAUGUUGAAAUCCCUGAAGCUGUAAAAAGAGCUGAGAAUGUCAUGUUUACAAUCCACACCAGCGUUCCUGGACAGGAGAAAGGUCACAUUGUUUUACGACAGUUUGAAGACUUUGAGUGGCUUCAUCAUAACCUUAUAGUUUCUAACAAUAUAGAGGGAGUCAUAAUACCACCACUUCCUGUAAAACCACUUUCAGAUCCAAAAAGUGCUGAGGCGCUAUCACGCCGCCAGUUAGGAGACCAUACAAGAGUUUUAAGGGGUGAUCAGUUUGAAACAGAUUGUAAAGCUUUUCAGAAGUAUCUACAGUUAAUGUUAUGUCACCAUGUAUUUGGCCGUGAUAAAAAUUUGGCAUCUUUUCUAACAGAUAAUGAGGCUCCAGUCAGAGCACGUGUGAACAAAGGUAUAAUGAACAGGUUGACCAAUGCCCUUGACAAUGCCAGAAAAGGAAAUCAUAAAGAUGUUGAUGACUACUUCACUGCUCAGCGACACUUUGCUAAUGAAUAUUCAAAAGCUGCUAAAGAAGCAUCACUUAAUUUCAACAAAUUGUUAGUUGCUCAGUGGCGGUUGUCAAGCCAGUAUCGUAUUUUGGCAACUGAGUUAACUUCCUGUGAAGCUGAGAGGGAUGAGAGCCUAGUAAAACUAAAUAGAAUAUUAAAACUUCUAAGUGAAGGUUGUGAGGAUGAAGCUGCUUGUUAUGAAUUGAAAAGUGGCCAGGGAGAAAUGACAUUAGGAUUAUAUUUUGACUUGAUGGCCAGGUACAGUGAGUCAUUAAAGGACAUGCACUUUAGAAGAACUUGCUCAUUGAUUGAAUUCCAAACUGCAGAGAAAGCCGUGGAGAAAGCCAAACCAAUCAAGAAGGCAGCUCUUCAAGAAGUGAGUGAUGCAGCCAAGAAAUCUUUUGAAGCUAGUUCUGAGCAGGCUAAAAAAGAGAUAACCAGCUUCACACAGCUUCGUCUGCUCAAUUCUUCUGAGGCAUUGUCCAAAUAUGCAGAGAUUCAAAUGAAGAUUUCACAGGAUUUUUACUCUCAACUCUUUCAUUCUCGCAAAGCUCUGUUGGAACUGCAGCUUUGAUUGCUCUGUCAGAACUGCAGCUUUGAUUGCUCUGUUGGAACUGUAGCUGUAAUUUCUCUGUUGGAACUGCAGCUGUGAUUGUUUUGAUGGAACUGCAGCUGUGAUUGUUUUGAUAAAACUGCAGCUGUGAUUACUUUAUGGAAAUUUUGGUUACAUAAUUUUUUUUUCUUAAUGUCACUAUACGAAAGUCACUAUUGAAACAUUCUGUGAAUCCUAUAAAUCCCUAGAAUGUUUAUGUGAGUUUUAAAUGUGAAAUCAAUAAAUCAUGUGAGGGUAUCUGUGAAUUGAUAUUAUCUGCAUUUUCAUCUUUGACUUUUUUUUUAAAAAUUCACAUUCCAUUAAGAUAUUCAAAAUUUGUUCCAAAUGUUGAAGAAAAUUAAAUUCACAUUUUUUUUUAUAUAGCUAUAAAAAAAUACCCCAAGCUUUAGAUGAAUCAACUCAAGACUUUUUGGUAGCCUCAGAAGUAUGACACAAACUACAACACUGAGUAAAUUAUUAUUAGUUAAAAAGUUAUCAUUUUUUAGGAAGAACUUUCUUUUCUGUUAUUUUAUGCUCAUUUUGUUUUCUGUAUCAUUUUGGUGAUGUCAAACAGCAAUCUUUUUUUUUUUUUGUUGUACUCAACUUUCUGUAGGACACUGUAGGAAUGGGUUUCACACCUUCACCUAUCCCUUAGCAGUGGCGUAGCUAGGAUGGAGGGAGAGGGGUCCCCAAACAAGUGUAAGAAAUUUUGUUUUUACAUUAACUAGUACACCACUGCCAUGUAAUCUUGCUAUUCAUGUUGUUACAUAAGUUAGUGACCCUGUUGAAUGUAUUCCACACAGAUUAACUCUUUCCAUGCAGGGUUACUCUUAGGGAGUUACCUGUUCAUAAUAAAUAACUCAGGUUACUCCUUGAGAGUAAUAAUAAUAAUAAGGCUUGUCUCGAAUGUCAAACAGUCAAUUCUCGGGCCCCCAAAUCCCUAGCUACGCCACUGUCCCUGUUGGGACACCAUACAAGAUUUGGUAACUGUUUAUCUCCAUUGCUCUGUCUUUUGCCUUGGAUAGAACCUCUUUCAAUGGCAUUCUUUUAUGUUGUUUUCCAUCGCUUUCUCUUUCUGCCUAUUCUUCUUUUUCCUGGUACUGUUCCCUGAAAGAACGUCUUUGCGAGCCCCGAAGACCUUGUAAAAUGGCCAUAGAGUUUUAGUUUCCAUUUUUUUACAAUAGUAAGCAGGUAAUCGUGGGGUCCAAUCGCUGCAGUAACUCUUUCUCUAAUCUCUUUGUUUGUGAUGCGGUCUUUGAAUGUGAUACCCAGGAUCCUUCUGUAGCAUCUCAAUUCCAUUGCUAGGAUCCUAUUCUCUAGUUCUGCAGUCAGCAUGCAAGACUUGCAAGCAUAUAAGAAUGUGGCCAUGUCCAGGGAGUGCAUCUGUCUGACUUUGGUCUUAAGGGCUGUUCAACAUAAGGCAAGGGAAAGUAACUCAAUAUUUUAAAUAAACCCCUUUUCUAAUGCAGUUUAUUUUUUAAUAUAUAUUUCAAUUCAAUAGAUUUCCUAACUAGUUCAAACCUUCCAUUAAAGAGCCUACUUUUGGUACUUUCUGUUAGUCAAGGACUCAAAAACAUAUAUUGCUCUAUUUAAACUUAUUAUCCAAAAGAUUUCAAUAGCUAUGUAUUUGUUCAGCACUGAAGUAGCCUAUUAAAUUAUUCUAGUGUGUGCCAUAUAACCAUUAAACAUUUACUCUUAAUUAACCAUUGCACCUGAGCAUUCACAAACAUAAAUCAUUUACUCAUUUGAACUGUAAGGACUAGAGUGUCCUCAAUAACUGUGUCAGUUGUGGACUUUGUCAAACUUGAGCUCUGUAGCCAAGUGCCUUACCUCUUAGACUAUAAUAUGUUAUGAACUGUUUUGCAGCAAGUCCUAGCUUAUUAAGUAUAAAAGUCAUUUUACAGAAAACAACAUUCCUUUCUAAAGGGGACAAAAUGUCAUGUCAUUGGGGCUAUAUCAUUAUUUAUAAUUGUUUACAAAUAAUCUUAACAUCACUUAAGAUAAUGUUAACAUCACUUGAUUAAGACUUGUGUCAAUACUUUCUCUCUAAAACAUAACAAUUUUGGUUGUAAAUUAUAGUCUCAAUCAACGUAUCCUAAACUACCUGUAUCAUUGCUUUACAGCUACUUGUACCCAUGGAAACUAGAAGUACUUAGAUAAUCUUGACAGAUUAACUGUAGAAGUACUUAGAAAAUCUUAACAUAUUAACUCUAGAAGUACUUAGAAAAUCUUAACAGAUUAACUCUAGAAGUACUUAGAUAAUCUUGACAGAUUAACUCUAAAAAUACUAAGAAAAUCUUAACAUAUUAACUCUAGAAGUACUUAGAAAAUCUUAACAAAUUAACUCUAGAAGUACUUAGAAAAUCUUAACAGAUACACUCUAAUUGUGGUAGAAUGUUGUGUUAAUGUUAGUCUCUUAUUUUUUUAUAAUGUGAUUUGAAGUUACCAGCAUUUUAAAAAAAACCUUUUUGUAUAAGAACUUUCUAUCAUUGCUUAGGAGUCAGACACAACUUUGUAAAACCAGAAAUAGGAUCUACUAGGCCAGCGGUUCUCAACCUUUUAAGCUCGGCGACCCAUUUUUACAAUUCCCUACUCUGGCACGAUCCCCCCCCCCAAACACACACAUACAGAAAUAGAAGAGUAGACAAUAACAAUCCAUAUUUUUGAUGGUCUUAGGCGACCCUCGAAAAAUUGUCAAUCGACCCCCCAAGGGGGUCGCCACCCACAGUUUGAGAACCCCUGUACUAGGCUAAGAUCCCUCAUUUGAUAGGCCCGCCUUUGCUUUACCUAGCAGUAUUAUGUAUUAAUAUACAUAAUCAAAAGGAGAGAGAACUGAAAAAGAAUAUGUAUUUUUUUUAUUCUGGGUAAUGUACUUUUUAUAUUUUCUUUUAUAUUUAAAUUUAUCAUUAAUUGAGACACAUGCAUGUUUUGAUAUGUUAAUCAUUCACCUUAAAGAAUAACUGGAAGUUAGACUCAUAUUUACAAUAUUUGUUUUUUUGUAUCUUCAAAAUUGUGUCGAGCAUGUUCAUUGCUAACAGUGCUAAAGGCUUACUAGGAUGUUGCUUUGACACCCCAAGUGCCAAAACUUGAGGAUAUAUGAACAGUAGGCUUUGCUUAACAAGUGCCGUUGUCAUAACAUCAUCACAAUAUCAUAAUAUUUAUGUAUACUACAGAAUGCACUAAUUAGAACCAACUAUUGUGAACCAGGAUUUCAUAUUCAUUUGCACUGAGGUCUUCUUUGUUUACAGAUUGAAACAUUUCUUGUAUAUAAAAGUCUAUAAAUGUUUUCCUUUUAAAAUCCUUUCAAAAUUUAUUGUCUUGCAAAAAGCUUCCAAGAAAGUGAAUGAGUUUGUUCAUUCCUGAUGACCUUCCAUUUUAAACAUUUUUUGUUGGUGGAGGUUCUAUAAUCUGAGUUGACAUCAGGAUGGUUUUAAGUAGCUUUUUCUUUGUUGAUGUUACUGCUUUAAGGGUUAUUGUUGCCAACAUGUUCUUUUUCCAGUACUUAAAAUAUUAUUAACUAUUUACUUUAUUUGAAAUACAAAUACAUCAUCUAUAUCUAUUUAUUGACAUAGUUAUAUAUAAUAAUUAAAUGUAGAUCACAGCUGAGUGUACAUAGUCACAGUGAAAAAGUGCACUUAAUGGUCCAACUCUGGACAAUGGCUUAUUUCAUACAUAUUCAUCUAGUCAUACUUUUUUUUUUUUUUUUGAAAGCUGUUGGUCUUUGCCUACCUGCUUUUUUAUAUUAAAGGUAAUUUUAUCUAAAAUCAAAGUCACAGUUUAUAUUAUUAAUACAUUUUUACAAAUCAAAUUGUUAUCAAUAUACUGAAUGUACUAUUUCAUUAUACUGUAUGUACGAUUUCAACAAAUCUUUCAUGUUAAUUAAAUUAAUUUAAAAAACUUGAACUAAUCCCCCAAAACCUUUUUUUGUAUCACCCAUGAUUAAAUGGCUGCCUGGUCAUGCAGUAUGUGUGCUGAACUGUC